AUGGGCGCCACUUCACUGCCCGUAGGAGUCAGCGUCCUGGACACGAGGUCGCCGGAGUAUCGCGCGCUGGAGGCACAGGGGCGCGGCGCGCCAGCCGGGCCGCCGCCGCCGCUGCUCUUCGCGCGGGCCCCGGCGGGCCCGCGGACUCCGCUGGCCGGCGAGCUGCAGGGGAGCGAGCCGGAGCUGUCGGAGGAGCACCCGUACCAGGAGGCGUUCGAGUUCGCCGCCGCCCUUGUGCUGCUGCUCCAGGGCGUCGAAGAUACCGCGAGCGUGCUCGACAUUGCAGAGGAAGUGUGGCUGCAGCAGCACCGGGAGGCGAUCGCCGUCCAGGAUGCCCGGCCGGAGGCCCGCGCCGAGUGCCGGCGGCAGAUGCGCGAGCUGGAGAUCGGCUGCAGCCUGGUCGCCCGCCUGCGCACUCGGACGGCGUCCUCUGCCGCGUGGAUCCCGAGGCUGCCUGGCGGCGAAGCCGUGGGUGCUGAGGACGCGUCUGGAGCCUGGCGGGGGUGA